UCAGGGAAGAUGGAAGAUAUUGGAAGAUGCCAAUUGGCAAGGACUGAGACCUAUAUAUGUUAAGAAUGACUACUAGUCUAACAAGAGAGUCACACACAAGGGACGACAAGAAGGCGAUGCCUAGCUACAACUAUUCUUGCAAGUGAAAGUGAAACAAAGAUGAUAUCUCUUCAUUGUUUACUCAUGACAGUGUUACCUAAGCUCUUCCUUCAUGAAGAACUCCAUACUGGGAGCGUAUUAGGCGCUAUCACCAUCGGCCUCUAUGUAGUCCUGUGGGGUACAGAAGACGAUGGAGAGAGUGAGAGCAUGGUGGAGGAGAACAGGCCCGACCCUCGCGUCGCCCACACCGGGCGACUCGAGGGGAACCCCAGCCGCCACCGACCGCCGCCCCUCCUCCCGGCCACCCCCGCGUCGCCGCCGCCGGAGGGCCGGCCGACGAAGCCGCGCCGGACCCAGGGAUGGCGGCGGCGAGGCCGUUCUUCCCCCAUCCCGCUUCACCCCACGCCCUUUCCCUCCACAGCUCCUCCAGAUCUGUCCCCUGGCGGCUCCAGCGGCUUCCACCGGCGCCGUGAGCGGCCUCCCCCGGCGGUGUCUUCCCCGCCCGCUGCUGGUGUGGUGGGUCUCCCUCCGGAUGCGGCUCCUCCUGCUGCACUGGUCCCGUCUGCCCCAUUUGGAUCUGGGGCCCAGCCGGUUGUGGUGCUCCCCAGCCCGCUUGCCGUGGCGGCCGGGCACGCCCUCCUUGCUGCGUCCACCCCUCCCCCGACCCCCGCCACUCGUCCCUCUGCCGUCGCGGGUUUCCUGGUGGUCGCGCUUCAGCACCAGAUCUGCGGGUUCAGGUGGCCUUGUCGGCCGGCUCCCCGUGCUCUCUCGUUGCGGCCUCGCGCUGGCCGUGGUGCACCUCAGCCUCUCCUUGUUGGGCGCGGCGCCCCGGCGUGUUGCUGCUUCUUUGGCCCUCCGUAGCUCGCUUCGCAGCUCAUGGCUGCCUAGAUUGUUGGGCUACGGCGGUGGUUGGCCGACUUGCUCCGGUUGCGAGGUGGAGGAGGCACUGCCGGGUGAAAACUUCAUCGACGAUGACGGCUGCAGCCGCCAUUUUUCCUUCUUGAAGGCGUCGAGUUUGGCAUUGUUUCCCUCCCCCCCAAGCACUCAGAUCCCGAGAGAAAUCUCGGACCCGGGGUUCCCCGUGUCGGAUGGUGUCGACGUCUCUACGCCGUUUCCUCCUUGGGGGCAUCUUCUUGGAUUUCUUCUGCUUCGGGUGGACUCGCCUCUUGCUGCUUCCUCUCCACCUCGGCUUCGAUCCCUGGCUGGCCAUUGUCCUUGGCGACUCGAGUGGAGCUUGCUUGGACAUCCUGGGGUGGCCUCGACGACGCGCUGCCCUUCGACCUCGGCGGCAGUACACCGGUACUGCGCCCUUCGGUCUCGGUGGCGUGUUGCCUUCUCGGCUUCGCUGGCGGCACACCGGUGUCGCCACUCGAACUCGGCUAUUCGACGCUCUUCGUUCGCGCCAGUGAUGCUUCUCGAUAUGCUUCUACUUCGGUGUCUCCUUUCUAUCAGGGAUGUGCUUCAUGGUGGCCCGGACGACGUUUGCGUGGACAUCCUGGGGUGGCCUCGGCGGCACGCUGCUCUUCGACCUCGGCGGCGGUACACCGGUGCCGUGCCCUUCGGUCUCGGUGGUUUGUUGUCUCUUGGCUUCGCCGGCGCACACCGGUGUCGCCGCACGAACUCGGCUAUCCGACGCCCUUCGUUCGUGCCAGUGAUGUUCCAUUGCGAGUUUCUGUUAUGGUGCCCGUCUUUUUCUCCCUAGGCCUUGUUGUGGUUCAUUGUCAGUGGUGGAACAAGCUGCUCAGCGGAGCUUGCUACCUGAGAUGUCGGCCUCCAGGGGUUUCGGUUUGGUUCUGUUGCCAGCCUUCCCCUCCAUUUUGUGUUCUUUCUUCUAGUUUUGGGCUUCCUCUUGAAGCCCUCCCCUGUUAUUUUCUUUUGUGCCUUUGUGCACUUACUUGUAUCUGUACUGACUGCCAAGUCACUUUCGAGUGGGAAUAUAACAAGCGGUGGGGUUUUUGGCCCCCCCGUCAAUCUCGAAAAAAAAAAAGAGUGAGAGCAUGGUAGAACAAGAGAACAUCGUUGUAAAACUAGAGAGUGAGAACAAUCCUUCAGAGCAAUUGUUAUCUGAAAACGCGGACGCUGAUACUACUUGGACAUGCCAAUGAUAUUGCGCUACUCUAAAAAUGAGCCUCUGGCCUUUGAACUGAUAAUCAGCUGUCUCCCAUGCUUCCUUGAACUGUCUGUCACCCAACAAAACAAAAAAAUUCGUGACUUUGCAGCCAUGCUAAAAUUAUCAGACACGGAGUCUGGCAGUCUGUUGAACGCAUAUGAUCUUCGGAGCAGAUUUGACCCAGGCAGCCACGAGCCCAUCGCUGUCCAUCAUUACUAGGAUGA